AUGGCGCGACAACCGGCACCAAAGAAGCAGAAAACGUGGCGCAGUUUGGCUGCGUCGUCAACGCUCCAUGGUGCAUUUCCAAUCACUCCAGCAAAUGCAGCUCAAGUGCUUUCAGAAACUCAAACGGAGGUGACACGGUUCGACGGGCGAGCUGCCGCAGUGAUCGCAGCAGCAGGGUCCGACGCCAACGCUGCUCCACCAACUGGAUCCAGUGCCACGCCAGAAAUGGGUGUGAUUGAGGAGAUCUACUGCGAGAACUUCAUGUGCCACCGCAAACUGCGGGUGACACUGAGCCCCCACAUCAACUUCAUAACGGGUGAAAAUGGCAGUGGCAAGAGUGCCAUCAUUGCUGCCAUCCAGAUUUGUUUCGGUGCCAGUGCACGUACGACGCACCGUGGCAAGAACAUCAAGUCAUUCAUCAGGCACGGGUGUGACGGUAAUGCCUUCGUCCGCGUCACGCUUCGCAAUGAUGACGGUGCCGGUAGUGACGCCUUUCAGGCAGACAAGUAUGGCAAGAAGAUCAUCGUGGAGAGACUCAUUCGCAGAGACGGAUCAGCAGAGUAUAGACUGAAGAGUGAAAAGGGGAUGCUGGUGUCCAAGCUUAAGAGCGAAUUGGAAGCGAUGAUGGAUCACCUGAACAUUCAAACGGACAACCCGUGCGCCGUUCUGGACCAAGACAACGCCAAGUUGUUCUUGAAGGGCACGUCGCAGGACAAGUACAAAUUUUUCCUCCAGCCACGGAUCUGGCCAAGAUGA